AUGCCCGAUCAUUUUAAGAAAUAUAAGGAAUAUAAAGAGAAGUUAGAGUACACACCUGAAAAUAUAAUACUUGAUUUUAAUUUGUCUGUUAAAUUAUGUGAUUUUGGAUGGUGUACUGAAGAUAUAGAAAAUCCCAGAAAUUCAUUUUGUGGUACAUAUGAGUAUAUGGCACCAGAAAUCGUAUUUAGAUAAUAAUAUGAUUAUAGAAUUGAUAUUUGGGCUUUAGGAAUACUACUUUAUGAACUUUUACAUGGUUCUGCCCCUUUUAAGGGAAAAAGUUUAAAUGAAAUUUAAUAAUAAAUACAGAAAGGAGACGUUAUUUUUUCUAGAUCAAUAAGUGUAUUAUCUAGAAGUAUUAUUUCAGCAAAAAGAACACCAAUAGGAGGAUAUAUGGGUGAAUUAUCAAAAUUUAGAGCUUCAGAUUUAUUAGGAUUUGUAUUAAAAAAUACAUUAUAUCAAUCAAAAUUAGACUAAUCUAUUAUAGAUGAAGUUAUAUUAGGAACUUCAUUAUAAGCAUCUUAAGGUUAAAAUCCAGCAAAAUAAGGAUGCUUAAUUGGAGGUAACAAAAAUCAAAAUCAAAAUCAAAAAAAAAUAUAAAAAAAGGUUUAGACGUUUCUAUUCCAUGUACAACAAUAAGUAAAGGAUGUGCAUCAGGAAUUAAAUCUAUUUUAUUAGGAAACGUAAGUAUUUUAACAGGAUAAAAUAAUUGUGUAUUAGUUGGAGGAUUUGAAAGUAUGUCUAAUGCUCCAUUUUAUAUGCAUAAUGUAAGAAAAGGCAAAUUUUUUGGCGAUUCAUUACUUUAGGAUUCUAUUUUAAUUGAUGGAAUACUUGAUGCAUAUUUAGAUUAGCCUUUAGGAUAUAUAGCAGAAAUGUAAGCAUUAAAACUAAAAAUAAAUAAGAAUAUUUGUGAUUAAGUUAUUAUAGAAUCUUUUAAAAGAGCUAUUAAAUCUUAAAAAUAAGAAUUAUUCAAAUAAUAAAUUAGUCCUAUUUAAUAUUUAAAUUUAAACGUAAUGUAUUUAACGUAUAAAAUAAAAAAAUAAAAAUAAUAUAAGGGUGAUGUUUUUAAUUUGGAUAAAGAUUCUAUUUUAGAUUAAUUUAAUGAAUAAGAAAUAUUAAAUGACUGUAAAACUUAUGCAAAAGAAGGUGUUAUUACAUAAAGUAAUUCUAAUAAAUAUGCAGAUGGAGCAUGUGUUUUAUUAUUAAUGAAUGAAUAGAAAAUUAAAGAAUUAAAUAUAUAACCUUUAGCAAAAAUAAUCUCGUUUGCAGAGACUGAAUAAACCCCAGAAGACUACAUUUUAGCAUCUUAGUAAUCUUGCUAAUUAGCUUUAAAAAAAGCUAAUUUGUCGAUAAAUGAUAUUGAUUUUUUUGAAUUAAAUGAAGAUUAUCCUUCUAAUUUAAUUAGUUAUAUUUAUAAUUUAAAAUUAGAUAUAGACAAAGUAAACAUAUAUGGAGGAUCAUUAAGUCUUGGAAAUCCUAUUGGGUAUAUAUUUACUUUUUUUUUAUUUUAAUUUAUUCUUAAGAAUGACUGGUGCAAGAUUAGUUACUAAUUUAAUCUAUAUUUUAAAAUAAAAUAAAGGUAAAUAUGGAAUUGCAGCUUUAGGAAAUGGUGGAGGCGGAGGU